GUGACAAAGAAUGAGGUGAGAGUGCUUGCAAUGUUUCAGCAUCCAAAUAUCAUCGAAUACUAUGACAAUUACCUUGACAACAACACCAUUAUGAUUGUCAUGGAGUACGCACCUGGGGGCAACCUGUACGACUACCUUCGCUCAAGAGGGGAAGGGAACCUCCUACCAGAAGAGGAUGUGUUGAACCUCUUCUGCCAACUGGUGCUUGGGAUGCUACACAUUCAUGAGAGUAAAAUUCUUCAUCGAGACAUUAAGUCAAACAACAUUCUGUUGGACAGAUCGCAUCGUGUUGUUAAGAUUGGUGACUUUGGUAUCUCAAAAAUCCUGAGUAGGUAAAGUUCACACAAGAAUGUAGAGUAGUAGGUCAUUGACAAAAGAGGUGAAGGUUGAGAAAGGUUAGAAUGAGGAGUCUAAAGAGGAAGAGAAUGAGUGCAAUUUUGUUCUUCAGUAGUUGCCUCCCUUUUCUCUUUUUAUACAUUUCCAAUAAAGAUGCUUGUAUGGAGAAUAGGGAAGUUUCACCAGUAAUUUAUUCUUUAGAGUUGUCCUAGUACUGUAAAAUUGUAUAAGGAAAAUUGGUUAUUAUUACUGCUUACUGUAAAUGCAAUGGUACUUGACCAAAAUGUAAAGAUAAGAGAUAGGAAGGUAUUGUUAGAUAUUACUGUUGGUACUCCAGCAUGUGUAGAGAAGAUAAAAGUUGUUUUAGUUCCAUCUUCCUAAAAUCAGUACUUUUAGUACAUAAAUUUAUCAGUGUAGGGCAAUUUUAAAGUCUCAGAGUACAACCUUGCUUUUGAGUGUCAAGAUAGAUGAAUGUCUUAACUGAUUGCUUUGAAGUUUAUGAUGCAUGAUAUAUACAUUUUUAUAAACUUUCCCCCCACAUAUAAUCAAAAUUUCUCAUUGCACAGUAAAAG